AUGCCGUCCAACGUUCAGCUUUCCUUCAUCAACCUGACAGGGACAACUUUACAUGUCUCAUUACCUGGGAUAAGCUUGUUGAAACCGCUGGCACUGAGCGACGGCGCACUUACACAUCUCGGAGAGGUCUCCGUGGGCAAGAUGGUGGAGAUAUCGCUUUCUGAAAAGCCUGAAGAGGGUCCAGAAAUCUACUCGAAUAAGAUUAUCUUCAAACGACGGAUGCAUGGUCGCAGCUGGGAACCACUGUCCGCUCACAACAGUACCUGGCGGCUGUACCGGGCCAAGAUUGGCAAGGGCCACCAGCGUAUAUUCGUAUUUCCACAACGACCUCUGGCAUCGUGGAUGAGGGACCUCCCAGACUCUCUACCUCUCUCGAGUGUCUGCUUGCCGGGAACGCACGAGACUAUGGCACUGUAUGGAUGGCCAUUUUCUCAAUGCCAAGAUAUUACCCUCACCGAGCAAUUUCAGUACGGCGUGCGCAUAGUUGAUAUACGCAUCGUGCUUGUGGACGGCCAACUUCGGACCUAUCAUGGCGCAACGCCAGAACGAGCGACAUUUACUGAUAUUCUCGAAGCUGUUUCUUCCUUUUUAGAAUCAUACGAAGGGAAAAGCGAGACGAUUGUCAUAUCCAUCAUGGAAGAGUCCUCUUUCAUGCCCUCCUCACCGCUCUUUUCAAGUCUCGUCCACGACGCUAUCCUGAGCGAGCCGUCCAAACGCAGCCUCUGGUACCUUGAAAAUAGGAUCCCAAGACUCGGAGAAGUACGCGGAAAGGCCAUACUCUUUAGCCGGUUCGGGAACCAUGGGGAAGGGUGGGAAGGAGGCAAGAUUGGAAUCCACCCUCCAAUCUGGCCAAACAGUCGUCGAGAAGGCUUCGAGUGGGAGCUCACAAACUGUCGCGUCCGAACACAAGACUGGUAUGCCAUUCCAAGUUUUCUGGACAUUCCAGAGAAAUUUGCCGUGGCAGUUGAGAUGCUUAUCCCUCAACCGACACCAAACGGCAAACAAGACCUCGCAAUCACUUUCUUCUCCGCUGCUAGGGUCCCACUGGCAUUGCCGUCGACGGUGGCUUGUGGAUUUGGGUGGUCGGUUUUGGGGGUCGAAGGUGUCAACUCGCGAGCGGGGAGGUGGCUGCUAGAUCAAUUGGGGGACGACACUGACACAACGAUUGCGCCCCUUUCCAAGUCGGAGAGCGAGGUCACACUCGUUGGGGACGAGAAGCGCUAUAAAAGUCAGCCAAAUGGUCGCAGGGAACCUAGAUUGCGUGGAUGGGUACUGAUGGAUUUCGCGCUGUACCCUUACGAGCUCGGGUUGAUUCCGUUACUUGUCGAGUGUAACUGGCGAGGACGAGUCAAGGGUGAAGAAGGUUGGGAUUGCUAA